UGGAGACUCACAACAUGGAGCCUUCCCACCCUGAUACACAUGCCUCCACUGUCUCGGUCUGCGUCUUUCUGCACAGCCACGCGCGCCUUCAGCACCAGCACCUGCGGACAGAAGAUGUAGGGGGAGAAAAAUCCUCGAUCCGGUCCUUGUCAAAUUACCUUCGGAUGUGACGAGACAAGAAGAGGCUUGUUCACAGCGCAUCUGGAAUUGCCGGGCAACUGCGAGGCACUUGAGGAGGAGCCGCUGGUUCCAUUUCUCCGGGGUUGAGACAAAAGAGUGGGUCGAUCGAACUAAGACUCUUUCCGGUGAGAAGAGAGAGGCCCUAGAGGUUGGAUUGGGCUCCGCAGCACGAGUAAGAAUGAGGCACAUUGUUUGAGCGGAAGCUGGGUGCACAGUACAGAAACAACACUGCAACCCUGUCCUCACUUGACACCCAGGUUCACCGGUCUGAGCGGCAGGGAUUUGCUGUGGGCAACACGGGAGGAAGCGGGAGAGUAAGGCAGUCACACAGGGCCCCGUAGAGGCCAACAGGAACACACAAGAGCCUCGUGUUGAAGCUGUUCACUUGGUGCAACUGUGGGACGUCGUUAUCUGGUCCAGGCUGGUUGGCACAUCCCCAAGUUUUUGUUCAGCUGACAGAUGAGGGUCCAGAAGGUGGCUAACAGGAUGAGGCCGGGCGGCCACGUGGCCCCGCAGGGGAUUACAGGUGGCGAGAAGAAGGUAAAGGGAUUAGGCUCAGAUCGGAGCCUGCUUUUUUAACCUCGUCACUGUUGUCACACCGUCAGCGGAGGAGCGAACUCCUGGGCCAAAAUUCCGUCUGUUCCCCGUCUCUCCGUCCUCGACCUCUCCUCCCUCCGUCGCUCCCUCCGCUCAUCCAUCCAUGCGGCCGCCUCUGUUGUCUACAGGCAUCCGGCAGCAACCAGGAACUCACUGCUGCUGAGGGAACUGAGCUGGAGCUCAGCCAGGAGUGGACCGGACCUGCCGCUCACCUGCACUCUGCUGACGGACCCGAGAUAAAGAGGAUCUGGAUCUUAUUGUUGUUUGCAACCGGCUCUUUACAAAUGACAACUUGGGGCUUGAAAACCACAUAAAUUAGCCCAUCAUGCUUUUGAAGUCAGGACUAUUCUUCACUUUGUGUGUGGUUUCCCUCCAAGCAAGUCAAACCAAAGAUCUCCAAGACCUCGGUUUUUCCGGACUGAGGGAUGUGAAGUACAGACACUUCCUGGAGGCUUCUAGACGGGUCAGACACACCACAUAUGUCAGAGCAGAGCAGGGCGGACAUCGGACGAAGAGGUCAGCGCUCUAUAACACGGGGGUCAAAGUGUGUCCCCAGGAGACGAUGAAGGCGGUCAUGAGCAGCCAUCGGGCCUAUUACAAGCUCAGAGUUUGUCAGGAAGCCAUCUGGGAAGCGUUUCGGAUCUUCCUGGACAGAGUCCCGAACUCGGAGGAGUACAGAGCGUGGGUCUACACCUGCCAGCACGAAAACCUCUGCAUGGACGACCUGGCCCAGAACUUCAGCAGCUCACAGGAGCAUCAGGAGCUGGUGGCCAGAAGAGUAGCCGAGCUGGCAGAUAGUGAAGGAUUUGUCACUGGGACACCCGAGCCAGGGAAGGAAUGUACCUGGACACCAGCUGUGAUUCUGCUUCCAACGGAGGCCGGUGAGAUGACAGAGGAUGCCAAUAUGAUAAAAGAAAACUAUCAGGAGUACAUUGUCGAGUUCAGCGUCACCAUGGUGGACCCGUCCUACAGCGAGCUCCUCAGAGACCCCAAGGCUCGGCACUACAACGACGUCACACGAGAGCUCACAGACAGGUUGAUUCAGGUGUUUAAAAAAGUUCCGGGAUUCAAAGAGAUCCGUGUUCUGGGAUUUCGCACGGAGGACGUGUCUGUGCGCUACGCUGUGGUCUUCAAUGGCGAAACGGAGCUCAGUGACGAUCCUGAGAGUCUUGAGGUGCCCGAGACGGAGACGGACGAGGAUUUAAAUGCUCCCAAACUGAAGAAAAUCAUCGCGAAGGCCUUAAAACAGGAGCCGUCAUUACCGCUGGACAUACACACACUCAGCUUUGAGGCUGUGACCACAAUUUAUCCAGUCGCUGAGCUCGGCAUUAACUCUUUUGAGAGUGUAGUAUCUGAGGACGACACCACAAAGACCCCGGCAGACGACGACACUCCCAGCUAUGGUUUCUUCCCCACGGUGGCAGUGGUAGAAAACUCUAUGGAAGCUUCUACAAUCACACCGGUCACACACACCGUUGUGCCUGUCCUCCCAAACGUCCCCCAAGAAGCCACGGAUUCUGUUGUCACUGACGAGAGCCCUUUGAUGGCGCCAGUUGAGGAGGGGUCCACCGCAGAUCCUUCCACAGAGCAGCAGGAGGAGGAGGAGGAGGAGGAGGAGAUGCCGCCCACUGAACAGGAAGACAGAGGUGAGGCUGAACCUGAAGAUCUGGGGACGGACGAACCUGAGCCAGCAGACUCCGAGCCUGAAGAAGUAAUGAGUGAUAAUUCUGGUGAGGCUAACGUCGAUGUACCAGAGUCAACAGAUCCUAGAGAUGCAGAGAUGCCUGUCAUAGAAGCUGCAGUCCCAGACUCCAUACCACCAGCUCACGAGGAUAACGCCCCGAGCAUUGAGAGUGGCGAAGCCCCUGAAGACAGAGACGAGUCUAACGGAGGGAACAGUGGAACGAGCCCAGUCUCUACGGAUGUCCCUGCUGAGAACUCGAACAUUCAAGAGGAUGAAGGACAGACUCAUAGCGGGACGGAGGCAGAAGUGACCGAGCCGGUGGAGGAUGAGAGCGGCAGUGGAUUCCCUUCAGAAUCUGAUGAACGCCCGUACGAAUCCACGGCUGCACCGGCCAUGAGACAAGCCAGCACCCCUCUGAUGGUCACAUUGGACAAGAGCAAAGAGUUGGUGGUUUUCUUUAGCUUGAGAGUCACUAACAUGAUGUUUUCUGAUGACCUGUUCAACAAGAGCUCCCCGGAGUAUAAAUCCCUGGAGAAUACCUUUCUUGAGCUGAUACAGCACUCUGGCUCCAGAAACUCGCCUAACCCUGGAGCUUCCAGUAAAUCUGGGCCUAGGAGACAGACGACUUUAGCCUCCAUACCGCUUCUGCCGUACCUUGAGUCCAAUUUGACUGGAUUUAAGGAGCUGGAAAUUCUCAACUUUAGGAACGGCAGUGUCGUGGUGAACAGCAAGAUGAAACUGGACAAGCCGGUACCGUAUAAUGUCACAGAAGCCGUGCACUGUGUGCUCGAGGACUUCUGCAGCGCGGCGUCGAAGCGGCUCGACAUCAAGAUCGACAGUCGCUUCCUGGAAGUAGAGCCAGCUGACCAAGGAGACCCCUGCAAGUUCCUGGCCUGUAAUGAAUUUUCACGCUGUGUGGUAAACAGUUGGACAGAUGAGGCAGAGUGUCUGUGCGAUCCGGGCUACAGCACCGAGAACGGCCUGCCGUGUCAGAGCACCUGCACUCUGCAGCCGGACUAUUGUCUCAAUGGAGGUCUGUGUGAAAUAAUCCCAGGGCAUGGAGCCACGUGCAGAUGUCCCGUGGGUAAAUUCUGGCACUACCAUGGAAAACACUGCAAUGAGCUGGUGACGAUACCUGUGGACCCUCAGCUAAUUAUAACCUGCCUCGUGGGAAGUCUUUGCCUUGUUUGUGCCGUCAUUGGCAUCUUGAUGUUCAUUAACAAGAAAUGUAUACGGCCCAAAAAGGCUGUGACUUUGGUGCACACCCUUGCUCCGUAUGCCUUUGAGAAUACUUUGAGGGUGAACCCAGUAUUUGAGAAUGAUGAUGGUGUCUUAAGUCAAGUGUCCACAUUGCCAUGUCCUUCAAGUUCUGCUUCUUCCCAAUCCCAACAGUCGGAGCAAGAAUAUUUUGCCACAAUUGAGAAUAUUCAUCUGAGUAUUGAGAUCCCCAGACAACUCUACACCACGAGAUCAGAAAAGUUAGUCUCGGAAAUGGUGGAUUUUCAUCACUGUAUACCCCACAACGAGACGUGGCAUCUGCCAAAUGAAUACAGAACAUGUUGUGUUUUAAGGGCAUCAGAUAGCGAAUGUUUUGAAGAAUCAGAUCUUUGACGACACCUGAGGGGAAGACGACGCAGUGACACGAAACACGAGGGACACGAGGACUGAUGUUGCCAUUAAAACUGUCUAUGGUGGAUGCCUGCACACAUGCAGGUACAGUAGAGCAGGGAUUGAGAUUAUUUGUUCAUAGUGAUGGAAGUGUCUUUUUAGACAGAGAGCUAUGGAUUUUACGGUGGACUUAAAGUGGAACCUAAUAUUUAUUUUACAUAUUGUAUGGUAGGAACAUUUCCUGUAUACCCUUGGCAAAGGUUGUUCUUUCCUCACAAUGAGGUAUUUAUUAUUAUCUACAAACUGAUACACAUGGUGGUAUAUUAACUUUAGACCGUACAAUGUCGUUCUUUUUAAUGCUACUGUCAAACGCUGUUGUUGUCCCAAAAAGAGAAUGAAUGUAUAAGCUGUUGACUUUGGUCAUAAUACUGUAUAUUGUGUAUAGAAUUACUGGCUGCAUUUAUGUAUGGUCCGUCAGUGGUUGUCCUGUUUAAAACAACUUCUCCCACUAAUCAUGUCUUAUGAGUUUUUUUUCUUCUUUUUUUACUCAUUUUACAUUCAAAUGCAAAGAAUAAAAAGGUUGGUUUUUUUGCA